AUGGGCAUUGUGAAGGCCUCGGUGUGGGGUCACCUGCUGAUCUGGUGGCUCGCGAGCCCGGCGGAGGGAUUCACUUACACAUGUGACUUCAAUGAUGAGUUCAGCCUCGAGUUUGGGUCCCAACAAAAAAUAAAUAAAGAAAAAACAUGUACCCUGAAACCAGAUGUGCUGGACAAGGUGGUAAUAAAAUGUGGGUCUGAAAAUAAAAAAUAUGAAUUAUUACCACACAACUGUUUCGAGCAAGUAUACACAUCCAAGGCGAUGAGGAACCCACAACCAUUGGUGAAGUACCUUAACGGAGCUGCCGCUAUCAUGAAGAGGAAACAACUUCAAAACAACUCAGGAGGAAAAAAAAAUUAUGAAGAUGUAUCCUUUCGAGUCCCCCCCAAUAUGGAUUAUGAACAAAAGGCAGUUUACUGCAUAUGUGAAAAUAAAGCGCGAAUUAAAAUUCAAAAAAAGAGCGGAUACGUAUACGACAAAGACAUUGUUAAUAAAGGGAUAGUGGAAAUAAUAAUUCCUACCCUACCCGAUAGAAUCGACGGUUGUGACUUCACUGAAAAUACAUCUGCAUUAUUCACUAAAGGAUAUGAUGUGAAUUUUUAUAAAAGACUUGAAGACAAGGACGAUGUUAUUUGUAAAAUUAGAGCUAGAGAAGGAAAAUUCAUUGGGUUCAAAUGUCCCUCCAAUUAUAACAUUGAACCUGAGGAAUGUUUCUUACAAGGGUUUAACCUCAAUGGAAAAAAAGAAAAACUUCAAACCAAGGUUAACCUCACUGAACUAGUGCUAGAUCAUUAUAAUAAAAUAUUUUAUGCUCGUGUUCCUCAAAGGAUUUAUCAGGGCAUGCACUUUUUUUGUGCAUGUGUUUUGAACGAUAAAAGAUUGGUUGCUCAUUUUGAAUUCAUUGCCUCUUCAGGGGAUGCAACUGGCGUGAAUGAAUAUGGCGAGAUGAAUGUUCUGCAGGGCCGUAAUGGUGGCACAACAGCCAUUGGCCCCGGUUCACACCUCCUCUUUUUACUCUUAGCAGUUCUUUACUUUAUGCUAUAG